GCCUGCAGUGUUCAGGCUGCCUGUCUUAGCCCCGCCCCUUCCUUCUGCAAGCAGCUGCCAGCACCAUCACUGUGUGAGGAAUCUCAUGAAGUUCUCUUAAUAAUGCAGGUUCUUUUCAUCUCCCUAAUACAGAGGGAAGCUGGACAUCACUCAGGAGUCAUGCUCUGAACUGCCCCUCCUUGUGACACUGCCCUUAUGGUUGCCGCCGUCAUUCACUUCCUAAGCCGUUGGACGCAAACAGAUCAACAGGAGGGACUGGGGCUAUUCCAAACAGAGGAGAUCCUGGCCAAGUUUCAUUUUCAUCAAUGGAGACUGAUGAUGGGAGCAGCAAGCUCAUCAAUGAGGUGGAAGGGAACCCCACUGUACAACAAGAGACUCCAAUAUGCUGUUUGCAGCAAAUAGCAGAUAACAAGGAAGAAAAAUGUAUAUGUGGAAAAAUAAGCUGCCCAGCUAAACAUCCCUGUUUCUUUGCAUGGAGCUCUGAUGGGUCACCUCCGAACAAACAGUCCUGCACAUCUGAUAAAGAAAGCGAAACAGAAUGUAACACCUCGGAUACAAGCUCAGAGCCAGGGAGGCCAGGGUUUCGUUGUUUUGAUGAGGAGGAUGAUUGGGUGGGUAAUUGUGAAUUACCCUCUAAUAUGACUGCCUUUAAUCAGGAAACAGAAGACUGGGAUGCUGAGAUGGAGCAAAGUGAAGACAAUUAUGACAAAAAGGACUUGGCUGAUCAUGUGUCUGCUCAUAGCUUCUCAGUGCCGGACUGUGAAUGGCAGGGAGAUACUUCAUACAACCCCAGUGUGCACCAUGCCUCUUUAGUUUCAUGGAAUGUGGUGUCACGGCAACCAAUGGAUGGACAGUUUGAUGAUGCCGAACCACAGGACAAAAGAAUGACGCCAAACAGCAGAAGAAUAGUUUGAUGAUCCCAAACCCUAGUAGGACAGUCCAGAGAUGCUAAGCAGUGGAACGGCAGUUUCAAAAGCCCAAGCCGUAUAAAAGUAUUAUAAUAAGUCUAAAGGGCAGUUUAUACUAGACUGAGCCAAGUGGUAGGACAGUGUGAUUCUGAACUGUGGAGGGAGAGUCAACAGUAGAUGUGCAGCUUCAUGAUCUCUGAUCUAGAGCAAAUUGACAAAACCUUACAUUGAAAAGUAAGUUUGAGUCAAAGCAGUAGAAGGACCAGACAAGGAUGAGAAGCAGAAGAAGACAACCACGGUUUGUGAACCCCUCUGAUUUUAUUUGUGUUUUCAGUUGUUCUGUAUGACAAGGGCUUAUGUUUGGCUGGUUUGGAAUGGACUGCGUGUGGAAGCAUUCACAUUGCACAUUUCUUUCUGUUUGUUACUGUUGAUGUAAGAGAUCAAUUGGGGAAUGUUUGUCCUGCUAAACCAGUAGAUUUAGACUGCAAACAAUGCAGAAAAGGAAUUAGAAACCACUUUUGUUUUUACAUUUCUGUAAUAUGAUACUACAUUAAAAAAAUGUGGUCGGUG